AUGCGGUCCCCUCCGAAGUCCCCCCGGCCUGUUUCUCCCCCGAAGCGGCGCAAGCCGUCUUCUGCGCAGAAGUCUCCGCCUCCGCCGAGUCCCCCUCCGCCGUCUCCGCCUACGGGGAGCGGGGGCGUCGACCUGGGGAACGCGCAGAAGGUGCUGACGAUGCUACAGCCGUAUUUCGACGACCCGCAAUUCAUGAUGUUCGCAAUCAACGGAGGUCUCCUGACCCUCAUGGGGAGAGCCCUCAAUUCCACUGAAAAAGUCACCUUCUUCGUGCCUGACCCCGACACCAUAAAGAACCUGCCUGACGACUCACCGCUCAUCAACGACCCAGCCAUCGCCACGGCAGUGGUCAACUUCCAUGUGGUGCGGGGAAGGCAGGUCACUUACACGGAGCUGACUCAAGAUGCAACAGGCACCAUGUACCAAACGGAUCAGCACGAGCCACUGGUGAAGGACGCAGCGUCUUUCCUCUUCAAUGUGGUGCUGCGACCAAGCCAAGGGCCCUCCCGCGCCACCAUCACCAUGCCCAACGCGUACACGGACGAGAGUAUGCAGGUGCACGUGCUUGACUCGCUGCUCAUCCCAGACUCGGUCUACUUCGCCCCUCCAACAAUGCCCCCUCCAUCAAGCCCUCCUCCAAGCCCUCCCUCGCCAUCCCUUCAGCAACUCCUCCCCCACCAUCCACAUCACUUCCCCACAGCAACCCAGCAGCCGCCACCGUUGGUGGCAGCAGAGAAGCAGACCCCCACCGUGGCAACAGCAGCAACCUCUCCACCAUCCAGUUCAGAUCCCAACACUAAGGUGUCUCCACCACUUCCCCAGUAA